UUUAUGCUCCAGAUACGAACGAUUCCCUGCUGGAACUUUUCUCCUGCUCCUGGUGUCGACUUUCCUACACAUCUCAAAUUUACCUUUACAAUCACAUAAGGAGAAGCCACUCUGAGGAAAAUAUGAGAUUGUUGAGCUCAAGAGAAAUUAAAAACGACAAUGUGAUGCCCACAGGAAGCUCAAACAGUGAGCAAACAUGCUCUGGUACUCCUCAUACUAACACCACUCGGGGACAAAUGCAGGAAGAAAUCCAUCACUGUUCAACAUGUGGGAAAGAUUUGACUAAUCUGCAUCAUCUCAGUAAGCACCAGUGUGUCCCCACACGAGAAAAGACAUGUCUCUGCUCACAGUGUGGAAAAAGUUUUACGUGCCAGCGUACUCUCCAAAAGCAUCAGCGCGUUCACCACGGAGAGAAGCCGUAUCACUGCUCGCAGUGUGGGAAGAGCUUUAAUAACGGGAGUAAUUACAGACAACACCAACGCGUUCACACCGGAGAGAAGCCGUAUCGGUGCUCGGAGUGCGGGACUAGUUUUAAUCAAAACAGUGCUCUACAAAGACACCUGCGUAUUCAUACAGGAGAGAAGCCGUAUCAGUGCUCGCAGUGUGGAAAGAGCUUCAAUCAACAGAGUAAUCUUCAAGCACAUCAGCGUAUCCAUACAGGAGAGAAGGCGCAUCAGUGCUCACAGUGUGAGAAGAGCUUUAACGAGCAGAGGGAUCUUCAAAGACACCUGCGUAUUCACACCGGAGAGAAACCGUAUCAGUGCUCACAGUGUGGGACGAGUUUUACUCAACAGAGUCAACUCCGAAUACAUCAGCGCAUCCAUACGGGAGAGAAGCCGUAUUACUGCUCGCGGUGUGCACAGAUAUUUACUUACUUCAAGACGUUUAAGAAACACAAGUGCGUUCCUUUGUAAUUCACAAUCAGUUUCCACAGGGAGUCAGAAGGAACAAACUAUAUACGUAUGAAGAGAAAUGAUAGAAGAAGGAAGAAGAGCAGUUUUGGCGGUAGAUAAGCUUUUCAUAGACGGACAUCUCUAGCGAGAUAAAAAAAAAAAAAACGUGACCCCGUAGUUAUACUAAACUCUUUACUAGUCUCUCUCUCUCUCUCUCUCUCUCUCAUACACACACGCGCAUACACACACAGACAGACAGACACUAUUAACUCAGACUAUAGAAUUUUAUCUGCCUACUCAGUCAUCCUUUAUUUAAAUAGCUAUAUCUAUCUAUCUCUUAGAAUAAAAAGAGAGGAAGCAGAAGCUUAUCUCAAAUAUUCUCAAAAAAAAAAGACAACUAGUCUUAUCUAUCAAUCUGUCUAGCUACACAUCUGGAGUUAUCUUUAUUUCUUUUCUCUCUUUUUUUUUUUUUGCUAUUACUGUACAAAUACCAACCUUUAAUACUGGACAUACGUCAUCUAUAUAUCAAUCAAUCAAUCAAUCACUUGGUUUUAACUAAUCUACCUAUACAAAUAGCAACCUUCAUUUAUCUAUCUAUCUAUCAAUCAAAAAAAGCUUAUUUCCGGUCUUCUCAGAGACAUCUUGAAAGACAUCAACUCCUUCAUACAUGAGAGAAGCCAUUUCACUGGUUACAAUGGGGGAAGAACAUUGGUUGCCAGCGUCAUCUCAAAACACACCAGCGCCUUCACACAGGAGGGAAGCCACUUCAUUGCUCACAAUGUGAAUAGAGAUUCACUUUAUUUCCAAACAUUUAAGCGACACAGGUGCACCCCAACAUAGAGCAAUCAGCUUGUGCGACACGGUCUUCAAAUCUUUAGUCGUGGAUUUUGGUGCCAGACGGUCUGCUUUGAGCGUACCAGAAACUGUUGAUCUCAUGGAAAUUGUACUCAUGUACAGUCUUUGUUGAAGAUCAAAAAAACAUAACCUGGGCUUUUAUCACCCUUCAGCUGUCCAGUGUUAGUGAGCCCGUUUCUGAAGUAGCCUCAGGUUUCUGAUCGACUGCUCAGAAUGAGCAGGUGUACAAGUUUCUCUAUUAAAGUGGCCAGUGAGUGUAUGUAUAUCUAUAGGAUUUUAUGUUCCAUGAAUAAAGUUGGCUCCCUACUUUAAAAUGACAUAUUCUGUCUUUUGUUUAUUGAUUUCAUUCGAGUACUAUUACAUAUAUCAUGAAAAAGUAUUCAUAUAUUUAUUCCACUCCAAGUGACUGGCCACCCAUCCUGGGUGUAUUCCAGCCUAAUGUGCAGUCUUCCCAGAAUAAAGUCCAGAUCCAUCGAGACCCUGAUCAGUAUAAAGUGGUUACUGAAGAUGGAUGAUUGAAUGUACGUUUAUCCCGUAGGAAGUUAUUUUUUUCUAUGUAUCGACCUUGUGUUUAAGCCUAUUGUUUAUUUACUAUGGCAGCCUAAUGUAGCCUAAAUUUAUUAUUAUUAUUAUUAUUAUUUGCCAGGAGAGGACAUAAUUCAUUUGCUUUUAACGCUGUAUUCUCAAAACAAUUGUUUUUUUUAUCAGGUAUAAGAAAUGUAUUAAUAAACUUAACAGCAAUUGUAAUACUUUUAUAGACCGUCAUGAUCGUAAUAAAAAUACGAGGUGUAGUUUCUAACGUAAUUUAAGGCAGUUUGUUUCUCAGUGAAUUACUAAUACUUUUCAUUUUUUA